AUGACCUUUCUCGCCGAUGGAACCAGACAAAUUUUCUUCAAGACAAAAUAUAUAGAUCCUCACGCGGAUCCCAGCUUGUUUGCCAACACCCCUGAACGAUUAAAAGCUGUAAUCGUUAUAUUGGUCAGGAACAGCGAACUAGAAAAAUUGUUGCCUACGCUUAAGCAGUUUGAAGAUCGCUGGAACAAGAAAUACAAUUAUCCUUAUGUCUAUUUAAAUGAUGUGCCUUUCACCGAAGAAUUUAUAAAAAAAACCUCUGCCAUGACGAAGGCUAAAACUUAUCAUGCUACAAUUCCCAAGGAGAUGUGGAGCUAUCCGUCAUGGAUUAACCAGACAAAGGCGGAAAACACGCGUGUGCAGAUGGAGCUCGAUAAUGUACCAUACGGAGGAUUAGAAUCAUAUUACCACAUGUGUCGUUUUAAUUCUGGAUUUUUCUUUCGCCAUCCUCUUCUGGACGAGUAUGAUUAUUACUGGCGUGUUGAGCCCGGAGUUGAGUUCUACUGUAACAUCGAUUACGAUCCAUUCGCUUUUAUACAAAAGAACAACAUUUCAUACGGAUUCACAAUAUCACUGAAGGAAGUCCCAGAGAGUAUCCCUACUCUAUGGAAGAUUACCGAAAAAUUUAUCAAAAAAUACCCACAAUAUGUCUCAUCUGACAAUUCUGCAAAAUUUAUAUCGGACAAUAAUAUGGAAACUUAUAAUCUAUGUCACUUUUGGAGCAACUUUGAAAUCGGUGAUCUGCGCUUUUAUAGAAGCGAAGCAUAUCUAAAAUAUUUUGAAUUUCUAGACAAAGCUGGAGGAUUUUAUUACGAACGAUGGGGAGAUGCGCCCAUCCAUUCCAUUGCGGCCGCUCUCUUUUUAGAUAAAUCCAGAAUACAUUUCUUCAACGAUAUCGGCUACAAACACGAAGAUUUCGGACACUGUCCACCAGAACAAGAGGUUCGCAAGUCUGGAAAAUGUCAGUGUGAUCCUAAAACUAAUUUUGACGGAUUUCAAGAUUCAUGUCUGAAUCAAUAUUUCUCGUCGUACAUUUGA